AUGGCCCAACUAAGUCCAGCUCAGUUUUUGGCCGAUGUUGCCAGAACUGGUGAUGGCAUUAUUUAUUACACCACAGAAGCCAAGUCGAUUGGUUCUGGGGUUUCUGCCGCGUUGCAGGCGAACCCUCAUGCACGCUGCUCGCAGCUGGUGAACUCCUCCGAUCCCUUUGCGACGGUCGUGGAAGAUCUAAGCAAGUCCAAACUCACUACCGUUUUCACGGAUGAAACUACACUACUUAACUCGUUGCCUCAUCUGUAUUCUUUGAAAGGUUUUCCCGUUGUUGUCAACAUCGAAUUAGCGCUGAACGAGUAUGCCACAUUGCCUCUGCUGAAGGAUUUGUCGUUUGCGACCUUGGUCUCAAACUCUAGCACCACUUUGCCACAGCAUGCUCUAGCAGCCGCAAAGUGCGCGUCUGAAACCUUACAGCCCGUUUUCCACUUUGUAAACUUGUCCACAAUUGGCAAAGUCGCCACUGCCGAAAUUCCCCUUAUAGAGGUGGCCGAGGAGCCAGCUUCAGAGAGUGCCAUCUUCGAGGACUUGGCUAAAGUAACCUACCACAGCACAUCCAAGUCUCCUUCUACUCUCGUGGUCAAUCUUUCGCCAUAUGGCCAGCAAUUUGCUGAAGCUUUGCCAUCAAAUACUGCGCUUAUUGAUAUCUCGGUAUACAGACCGUGGUCGUUUGAACAGUUUUUUGAGCAGGUACCGCUAUCUGUUCAAAAAAUUGUUAUCGUACAAAGAACAAACAACAAUCUGUCUGUUAAUGGGUUCGAACCUAUCUUGCUUGACUUUUUUGCUGAUUUCAAUACUUUGGUAGAGAGAGGCAUAGAUCAGUUGCUAGUGACAAACAUUGGACAGCUUAAUGAUACAUCUGCUGCUUUGAAAAAAAUCAUCGCAAAUGUGACUAACGAGAACCCUGACCAAACCCUAUUUAUUGGAGAAAGCUCGUCCAACUCCGAGAAGAACGCCUCAUUGCAAAAAUCUAUUCGCAACGUUUUCUCCCUCGAAGAUGCCUAUCUAAAGGUGUUAAAGCAAUUGUUUUCCUCUAACCUUCAUAUUUUGAACAAGUAUCAAGACGAGAACGUCAACGCUACAAGUCCCGAAUAUGGAUAUGGUCUUUUAGUUAGUGAAGAAUCAAAAAGAAAAGAAUUAGUCGCCAUUGUUCGCGACUCCCUUGAUGCAAGAGCUUACAACUCUCCUGAGGGAUCCCGUAUCGUUGAACUACUAUCCAAAUGGUUGCGUCUAAAUGAAGAAAAAUCAAAAGAAGCUUCUCUGGAAGAAGCUAAUAAACUUGCUGUUGAAGUCUACGAGUUAUUAGAACAAAAUCAAGACUCCAGCGUUUCGUUGAGGAUCUUGAAAAAUGCACCAACAGUCGAUAGUUUCAAAUUCGCCUCUAAGUGGUUAGUGGGGUCCGACGCUUGGUCCUACGAUCUAGGAAAUUCUGGUGUUCACCAUGUUCUAGCUUCAAAGAAAGACGUGAACAUGCUCAUCAUUGAUUCAGAACCCUACGAACAAGUUAAAAGCUCCCAAUCAAAACUAAGAAAAAAGGAUGUUGGGUUGUAUGCUCUGAACUUCGGUGAAGUAUACGUUGCUUCGGUGGCAGUAUAUUCUUCUUACACGCAGCUUUUGACCUCUUUAAUCGAAGCUGCUAAGUUCACAGGGCCUUCCAUUGUGUUGGCUUACUUGCCAUACUCUUCCGAGAAUGAUACACCUCUGGAUGUUUUGAAGGAAACCAAGAACGCAGUGGAAUCUGGGUACUGGCCAUUGUACAGAUAUGAUCCAAGGGAAGAAAACCCAGAAGAGGCCUUCAAGCUCGAGUCCUCUGUGAUCAGAAGACAGUUGCAAGAGUUUCUUGAUAGAGAAAACAAAUUGAGUCUUCUCACCAAAAAGAGUCCCGAACUAGCCAGGAAUCUAAAGCAGGGCGCUAGUGGUCAAAUUGAGGCCAAACAACAGAGAAGGGCAAAGGCAGCUUAUGAUCAGCUGCUGGAAGGUUUGUCAGGACCUCCUUUGCACAUAUAUUAUGCGUCUGAUGGCGGUAAUGCUGCUAAUCUUGCCAACAGAUUAGGCAGUAGAGCUACUGCUAGAGGGUUGAAAGCAACUGUUCUGUCCAUGGACGACCUAGAUUUGGAAGUUUUACCAGACGAAGAAAAUGUUAUAUUCAUCACUUCUACUGCUGGCCAAGGUGAGUUUCCCCAAGAUGGUAAAGCUUUUUGGGAUCAACUAAAAGCUUCUCUCGAUUUAGACUUGGCUGCUUUGAACUUUUCCGUUUUCGGCCUCGGGGACUCCCUUUACUGGCCACGUAAGGAGGAUAAGCACUAUUACAACAAACCUGCUCAGGAACUGUUUAAGAGAUUAGAGCUUCUCUCUGCCAAACCAUUGAUUCCACUAGGUUUAGGUGAUGAUCAAGAUGCCGAUAGCUAUCAAACUGGUUACGGUGAGUGGGAGCCUCAACUUUGGGAGGUAUUGGGAGUGUCUGGGGCCUCGGUUCCCGACGAGCCUAAACCAAUCACAAAUGAAGACAUCAAAAUUGAGUCAAACUUUCUGCGGGGUACAAUACCAGAGGCACUAGUCGAUGACUCCACUGGAGCCAUCUCUGCCUCCGAUCAGCAAGUUACUAAAUUUCAUGGUAUUUAUAUGCAAGACGAUCGUGAUAUCAGAGACGCCAGAAAAGCGCAAGGGUUAGAACCGUACUAUAUUUUCAUGAGCAGAAUAAGACUUCCCGGUGGCAAAGCGACGCCUGAGCAAUGGCUUAUCCUAGAUCACUUAGCCGACAAGACUGGUAAUGGUACUAUAAAGGUGACAACAAGAGCCACGUUCCAAUUGCACGGUGUUGUCAAGAGAAACUUGAAGCAUACUAUCAGAGCAAUGAACUCCACUUUGAUGGAUACUGUCGCUGCAUGUGGUGAUGUCAACAGAAAUGUUAUGGUAUCAGCUCUCCCAGCUAAUGCGAAGGUUCACAAACAAGCUGCUGACAUCGCGGCUAGAAUUUCUGAACACUUGCUUCCACAAACGACUGCUUAUCACGAAAUUUGGCUAGAAGGCGCUGAUCCAAAUGAUGACGAUUCAAAGUGGCCUUCGAUCUUUGAGAAUAGAAAGGAAGGACCAAACAAGAAAAAGACAUUAGUAAGUGGCAAUGCUCUAGUUGAUGUCGAACCGUUGUAUGGCCCUACUUACCUACCCAGAAAAUUCAAAGUGAACAUGGCAGUCCCACCAUACAAUGAUGUUGACGUCUGGUCUAUUGAUGUUGGAUUGAUUGCCAUUGUUGAUGAGGCAACACAAAUCAUCAAAGGUUUCAAUUUAUACGCUGGUGGUGGUAUGGGUGCUACUCACAAUAACAAGAAAACUUAUCCAAGAACCGGUUCUUCGUUCGGUUUUGUUAAAGCCGAAGACGCACAUAUCGCAAUUGAGAAGGUGAUGCUUGUUCAAAGAGACCAUGGAGAUCGCCAAAAUCGUAAACAUGCCCGUUUAAAGUAUACAGUCGACGAUUUGGGGGUAGAGGUUUACAAACAAAAAGUGGAAGAAAUAUGGGGUCAAAAGUUUGGUCCAGAACAACCAUACGAGAUCAAGUCUAACAUUGACUAUUUUGGCUGGGUUAAAGAUGAGACUGGCAAAAAUCACUUCACUAUCUUCAUUGAAAAUGGUAGAAUCGAGAAUUCGCCAGAUAUGCCUCAAAAGACAGGUCUUAAGAAGGUAGCCGAUUACAUGAAGGAAACCAACUCCGGACAUUUCCGCCUGACAGGUAAUCAACACGUGGUAAUUAGCGACAUCACCGAUGACCAUUUAGACCAUAUCAAAUCGAUAUUGAAAACCUACAAGCUUGAUAACUCCGACUUCAGCGGUUUAAGACUUUCUUCAGCCGCUUGCGUUGCCCUCCCAACCUGUGGUCUGGCGAUGGCUGAAUCAGAACGUUAUCUACCUGUCCUGAUCACCAAGCUUGAAGACGUCUUGGAACAAUAUGGUUUACGCCAUGACUCUAUUGUCAUGAGGAUGACCGGAUGCCCUAAUGGGUGUUCCCGUCCUUGGUUGGCCGAGAUAGCCUGCGUCGGAAAAGCUCCUGGUACCUACAACUUGAUGUUGGGCGGUGGUUAUUAUGGACAGAGGCUGAAUAAGCUUUACAGGGCCUCCAUUAAAGAAGACGAAAUCAUUGCUACCUUGAAGCCUAUGUUCAAAAACUGGUCGCUACACAGAAACGAUGGGGAGCAUUUCGGUGACUUCCUCAUCAGAACAGGAGUCAUUAAGCCAACACUAGAGGGUAAAUACUUUCACGACGACAUUCCCGAAGAUGCACUAUAG